GUGGGGGACAUCGACAUUUGAAGUUUUAGAUAUAUCAUCUAUUUUUAAGGAUUUAAACUGUGACAAACCUUCAAUCUUUACUUACAUAGUAUCAACCAGGUAGUACUAGGUACCUAGUAGACAACAUUGAAGAUUGUCCAGUCGCAUAUAUUACCUACCUAUUCAGCCAUGGCCAAGUCUCGUCGGAACAGAGCCAAGGGUGGCCAACGUUCCGACCCGAUUUCAAAGCCCGUGAAACCGCCCUCGGACCCUGAGUUGGCCGCCAUCCGGGAAAAGAGUAUCCUACCCGUGCUGAAGGAUCUUCAAAGCGUCGACCCUAAAUCACGGACUGCCGCUGCCGGAGCUAUCGCCAACAUCAUACAAGACAACAAGUGUAGGAAACUACUCUUACGAGAGAGGAUCGUUCACAUAAUCCUCAAUGAGACCCUUACCGAUACAAGUCUAGAGAGCAGAGCUGCUGGAUGGAGCAUUCUUCGUAUCCUCGCAGCCAAGGAAGAGGCCGACUUUAGCGUUCACCUAUUUCGAAUAGACGUUCUGACUGCUCUUGAGCAUGCCUGCGCAAAUAUUACCAAAGCUCUGAGGUCUUCAAAUCCUCUUUUCAGCAAACUUCCCAAACUUGAGCAAAUAUUCAUCUGGAGCAUUGCUGAGUCACUCGCUGCUAUACUUGCAGCUGUAGCCGAGGCUCAUGACGAAGCACUCGAUGCUAUUGUGCGUAGUGAACAAAUCGUUCAAUUUCUCUUCACACUGGUUACCCAUGGCUAUACCACUCUCCCGGUUCUCAACAGUGCGUUGUGGUGUAUGAUGACACUGUCUGAGGAUAACCAGAAGUUUGUAGACGCCAUUCUUGCCGACGAGCCCGCUGACCAGCCCAUCAAAUGCUACAACCGGCUCAUCGAUUUGAAGAGUAGUGAUGGAUAUAGGGCCGUGCUGGCUUGUGGUGUAUUACACAACGUGUUCUCCGUGGCGCAAUGGAGCGAUCAAAACCCUGGCAGGGAUGGCGCUAGCGACGCCAUCCUCGUUCCUACACUUUCUCAGAUCAUCGGACGAACCCAAUUGAAGAAGAUAAUGUCGAAUGGCGAGGACACAGCAAGCCCGGUGGAUGUUAUGCAAUUGGCUCUGGAGAUAUUGGCAUCCAUCGGCACCUCCCUGCAAGAAUCAUUGCAUAAGAACCACCGAAGUAAGUGGAAUGUAGAAAAAAAGAGGAUAGUCGAGGACGCAGAUGUUGCCAUGGACGCUGAUGUUGAUGAGAAACUUUCCGAUAAAGAUGUGGCUGGAGACGAUGAAGAUGAAGAGAUGGACGAGGAUGAAAUGGAAGCGGACAUGGAUAUAGUCACCGGAAUGGACGAUAACGACGACGAACCGGAAGGUAUUGAUGACUUGCCUACCUUGAAAGAGCUCAUGCAGAAGGCGAUUCCACAAGUCGUGAAGGUAUCGCAAAGUUGCGGAGGCAUUGGCGAACCAGCAGGCUUGAUCCUUGACCACGCCUUCACGACCCUGAACAACAUCUCAUGGACGGUUAGCUGUAUGGACUUGACUGACGUAUCAAAUACCGCAAUAUUGUCGGCAUGGACACCGGUGGCACAGGCCAUCUGGCAACAGGCCAUCGCUCCCGUUCUCGCCAGUGAUACUUCCGACGUAGAUCUCGCGGCUAUCGUGACGAGUCUAGCAUGGGCCAUUGCGAGGACUUUGCAUGGACAGAACUUCCUCAGUGGAGAUGAGCACAAGAAGUUCAUCGCGCUCUACCAUGCAUCCAAGAACCUCACGCUUGACCAGGACGAUCCUUUCCAAAGCCUCGGCGUCAAAUGUGUUGGCGUGCUCGGUCAACUCGCGCUCGCAGCAUCGACCCCCCUAAACCGAGAGAUAGGCAUAUUCCUUCUCACAGUGGUCAAAUCACUACCCGAGACCCCAGCUGCGGAUGCCGUGGAAGCUUUGAACCAGUUGUUCGAUAUAUAUGGGGAUGAGGAUAAGGAAUGGGACCAGGAGGUCUUCUGGAAGGAGAACUUUCUACAGCACCUGGAAGAGGCCGCCCCUAGAGUGAAGACCGUGGUAAAAACAAUUGAUAAGAGAAAGUCCACCGAGCUGCGGGCGCGUGCUGAGGAGGCGAGCUGGAAUCUCUCGAGAUUCAUACAGUACAAGCAAAAACAUCGGCCCUAAGCUAGGCUGAUAAAUAAGGAUAGUGUGAUAGAAAUGCUACGAUCAAGGGCCGGUAGCGCGGCCCGA